GAGGUGCUGACACACUUCCGGCCUUUGUGACUCAUUGUGUCUGUGUCGAGGCGUCAGGAGGGCCUAGGUCCGUGUGCGGCGCCCUUCGGCCGGCCUGAGCCCCAGAGUCAGCUCCCCUUGCUCGCCCAGCGCCCCCAGGCCGCUCCCGGGGCUCACGGAUCAGUACUGAACCAGAUAUCAGAAAACAUCUCCGAGGACAGAAGGGAGAGCACAGACUCUGUUCGGAACAAGUCAGGUUCCUGAGCCUGAAUAAUGACCGCUGAGUCGAGGGAAGCCACGGGUCUGUCCCCCCAGGCUGCCCAGGAGAAGGACGGCAUCGUGAUAGUGAAGGUGGAGGAGGAAGAUGAGGAGGAGCACAUGUGGGGGCAGGACACCAGCCUGCAGGAGUCCCCUCCUCCCGACCCAGAGAUAUUCCGCCAGCGCUUCCGGCACUUCUGCUACCAGAACACCUUUGGGCCUCGAGAGGCCCUUAGUCGAUUAAAGGAACUUUGUCACCAGUGGCUACGGCCAGAAAUAAACACCAAGGAGCAGAUCCUGGAGCUGCUGGUGCUGGAGCAGUUCCUCUCCAUUCUGCCCAAGGAGCUGCAGGUCUGGCUGCAGGAAUACCGUCCUGAUAGUGGGGAGGAGGCCGUGACCCUUCUGGAAGAUUUGGAGCUUGAUUUAUCGGGACAGCAGGUCCCAGGUCAGGUUCAUGGACCUGAGAUGCUCGCAAGGGGGAUGGUGCCUCUGGAUCCAGUACAGGAGUCUUCGAGCUUUGACCUUCAUCACGAGGCCACCCCGUCCCAUUUCAAGCAUUCAUCUCGGAAACCCCGCCUCUCACAACCACGAGCUCUCCCUGCCACCCAUGUUCCUGCCCCUCCUCAGGAGGGGAGUCCCAGAGACCAGGCGAUGGCGUCUUCACUGCUCACGGCAGAUUCCCAGGCAAUGGUGAAGAUCGAGGACAUGGCCGUGUCCCUCAUCCUGGAGGAGUGGGGAUGUCAGAACCUGGCUCGGAGGAAUCUCAGUAGGGACAGCAGGCAGGAGAACUAUGGGAACGUGAUUUCCCAGGGUGGUGAAAACAGGACUGAGAAGGAAGAGUCCACCUCAAAGGCCGAAAGUGCAGAAGACGCAGCAUCCCAUGGGGAGACCGCAGGAAAAUUCCAGAAGGAUUUCGGAGAAAAACGUGAGCAGCAGGGCAGGGUAGCCGAAAGGCAGCAGAGAAACGCUGAGGAGAAAACUGGCAAAGAAAAGAGAGAUCCGGGGCCAGCUGCAGCCAAGGAGAAAAAGCCCAGCCCAGGCGAGAGAGGCCCGCGGGAGAAGGGUAAAGGGCUGGGAAGGAGCUUCAGCCUGAGCUCAAACUUUACCACCCCCGAAGAAGCCCCCACGGGCGCCAAGUCCCACAGAUGCGAUGAAUGUGGUAAAUGCUUCACACGGAGUUCAAGCCUUAUUCGCCAUAAAAUAAUCCACACUGGAGAGAAGCCCUAUGAAUGUAGCGAGUGCGGGAAAGCCUUCAGUCUCAACUCGAACCUUGUCCUGCAUCAGCGAAUCCACACGGGAGAGAAGCCUCAUGAAUGUAACGAGUGCGGCAAAGCCUUCAGUCACAGCUCCAAUCUCAUCCUGCAUCAGCGAAUCCACUCGGGGGAGAAGCCCUAUGAAUGUAACGAGUGCGGGAAGGCCUUCAGCCAGAGCUCAGACCUCACCAAGCAUCAGAGAAUCCACACCGGGGAGAAACCCUAUGAAUGUAGCGAAUGUGGAAAAGCUUUCAACCGAAACUCCUACCUUAUUUUGCAUCGGAGGAUCCACACCCGAGAAAAGCCGUACAAGUGCACCAAGUGCGGCAAGGCCUUCACCCGGAGCUCCACGCUCACUCUGCAUCACAGAAUCCACACGCGCGAGAGAGCCUCCGAGUACAGCCCGGCCUCCCUCGAUGCUUUUGGAGCCUUCCUGAAGAGCUGUGUGUAAAGGAGCCCUUGUCCACAAGCCGUUUCCCCCUUUUGUUGCUAAAACUAUUUCAGAGAUGGGUGCCCACGGAGGAGGGAAAAAAAAAAAAAACCAGCCUCAACAGGUUACAAAAACAAGAAAAAUCACACUUAAGGAUCCUUCCAGUUAGGUCAGCAGUGUUCUGCCUUUGCCUCGUCUGUGGGCAGGUGAUUCUUCCUUCCCCUCAGCCCCUGCAGGGAGAAGCUGGUCAUGUAAAUAGCCCACGUGCUGUGUCCACGCAGGACAGACGCGCACCCGUGGGAAAACAUCAGGCUUUCCAGGAACGAGGCUCCCUUGAGGGCGCUCUUGGCCAACCACGAAACACAAUUGAGAGAUUAAGAUGGGCUCUGUCAAAAUGAAACCCGCUCGCCUCACACAAGCCCUGCUUGGCCAGCCGUACCUUGCUGAACCUUACUUCUCAAAAAAGGCACAGUUCAAACAGAAACGACAUUGGGACAUGCUGCUCAAACUAGUUAUAUAUAUAUAUAUGGUUAUAUAUAUAUAUAUAUAUGGUAAGUUAUAUACGGUCACUGGUAGCCUACCAAAGCUAUAGAAAUCUCGGACUCUGCUCAUCAGUAUCAAACCAAAGAUUUCUAUCUCUUCUCGAAAGAGAGGGUACGUGCACCAGUCUGCAGUUCCAAAGGAAGGCCACACAUGUGGAUGGUUCUGUCCUCACCCCUGAGAGAAAUUCUACUGAAAGUGGCAACAGCAAUUCAAAAACACGUCUCUCCCUUCCCUUGGUGAAACCCCGCAAGCACCAUGGCACUCCUAGAUGCAUUUCUCCACAAGGUAGCACUUGAUUGUGUACUGUCUCUUAAUCCGUCACUGUUUCGUGUGUGAAAGUUGGCAUCACUCCCCCAGAGAUGCUUCUGUCGUCUGUCGUCACAGGAUGUGUUUGGAUCCCAACAGCGCUAUAGCCAGUGCUGAACACAUAGGAAGUGCUCCUUAUGUCUCAUGUCCAGCAGGACUUUGACCUUUAUGACAAAGCCUGUGGGUCCCGGGUACCGAGAUACGGGGACCUCGGCCCGCUUGGGGAGAGGACUUCCAGAGCCCAGGGCGUGCUCACGCUCCAGGGUCGGAUGCUAUUUCGGUCCUAAAUAUCAAAGAAAAAAGAAAAGGCGCUGGUAAGCCGCCUGCAUGGACUCUCUCUAAACACAAACCAGAGAGUAAAUACCAUGGAAUGUCAGAAACUGUGUCCGCAUCCUCUUAAGAAAAACGGGGCGUUCUCGUGUGGUUCAGCGGCUUAAGGAUCCAGCGCCGUCCCUGCGGCGGCCGGGGCGGGUUUGAUCCCUAGCCCCGGAACGUCCGCAUGCGGCGGGUGUGACCAAAAAUAAUAAUAAAAAAAAAUACGAACACUUAACCAAGGCCAGUGCUUGACGUCUUUCUGUGGCGAAGAUCUUACAGAAUUUCUUCAGUCAGCUUCUGAACAGUGAUGCUUGGGCACUUUCUGAAUCCACUUGUAACUGUAAAUAAGAAAGUUCAGAAGGUGUGAUUUUUGUUGUUUUUCCGAAGAAGGAACGUAGGAGGGAGCAUUUUUUCCCCCCACACCUUCCAGAAACUUCGAAAACACAUUUGACAUCAUUAGCUGGCAAUUACUAAACGUGUCUGUUUCGCUGGAAAUUCACCCACCUGCGGGGAUGUGGUUGUAUCACAGGCGCACACACCGCACAGUCUUCUCUGUUUCUCCUCGCUGAGGACUGAGGGGAGCUUAUGAAACUCUGAUCUUUCCCGUCACCUGUGCAGGAGGAUGUGUCAGCUUCUGCAUGGAAGCUCAUGACACCAUUUUCAGAUACACAUACAAGAGACCCAGGUAUCGAGGCGGCAUACGAAGCCGUCAGGGCCUCGGCUAGAGAUGACUGCUCGUGAGAGCAUGUGAUUGCUUGCAACAGCCUUGCGGGAGCUUAGAAACAGGCCAACCAACCACACCCCUGAAGACUGUCCCCAUAACUGGAGACACCCCCCCUCUUCCUCCCCCGCAAGGAGUUUGAGAGUUUUCUGUCAAUAAAACUGGUCAUUCGUCACUCCAUGGGGAGCCGAGGAGGUGAGGGCCACUGUGGCCUCUUGCUCCCGUCCAGGCUGACAUUCUGCACAGAACUAAUUCUCCGGCCUCUCUCUAUACCUGGGACCAACUUCAGCUUCCCUGUGGCUUCUAAGCCCUUGUAUCAAGCACCGCCUGCGGGAACUUCGGGAAGUCAGCUGAUGACAAGAGUAUUUCUAUCCAAUUUAAGAAAAACAGGAGAGGUACUCCAGAAGAGCAAACCUAAGUAACUUUUAUAGCAAAGUAAAAGUAGAGUAAAUGCUUUGAGGGAUUUUCUUCAAAGUAAGACACAGUGAUGGUUGCGCAGAAAGCUGCUGGUGCUUUUGAGCGAAGACUUUUGCUUCCAGGAAACCACUAGAAGCAGUGAGGUGCUUAAUUCCAGAUGCUGAUCAAAGCAUCGACUGUUCGGAAGAGGGAAAACAUUGGUUAGUUCCACAUUGGCCUUUUUGAGCAGCAACUACAUGCCAAUAUAAUUCAGCCAUCAUUUUUGUUUUGGGGGUUUUUUUUUAAUGGAAAUGACGUAGAACCUGUGCCCCACAUUUAAUUCCCAUUUUACUGCAACAUCGUCCUGAGGCUGUGGCACGGCUCCUGGGGUUGCUUCAGAUCCUCAGCAGAAGCAGCUUUUUGAAGGCAUGUCUUCUGAAGAAAACAGGCUACCGCUGUUGUAUUAAAACCAUUUGCACCGCGUUCACGUCUUUUAUCAGCUGCUCCGUGCACCGCGUGACUGGGUCAUGGUCCAAAAGGUUUAUAGCAUCUAAUUCAUGUUCAGGAGAGUCAUUCAGAAGUUCUUGACUGGCUGAAGUCUGUUUACAGUUUAAGUACUCUAUAGUUAACUGUUGGCAUGCUAAUUGACCCCAUAGACAUUUUUGAGAGGUUUUUAAAAAUAUACUUUAACCUUGCCAGGAAGAGAAGAAAAAUUCUUUAAGCUGGUGGGGUAUUUGUUCCUACUUCUUCCCAUUAGGCAAAGCUAAAUAAAGCCUAAGGCUAUAGAUGGAUGAGGCAUCUUGAUUAUGUAGGGCACUUAGCGUUUUCUUAAAGGCGUAAGAGUGAAACUGCUACAUAUGCACAGAGAGGUUGACACCUCUGAUAUGUGAGACAGCUCACAUCUUACAUACAGCAGAGAAUUCAUUCCAGGAAGGAGCCUCUUGAAUGUGAUACAUACGGCAAAGCCUUUCAUCCCAUCUCAGCCCUGAGCAGCAGAAAGCUGACACUGUACAUAAACGUUAUGAAUAUUCUGUGUGAGGAGAACUUUUCUUGUAUAGCACUCACUGCUUUGGGCAGAAAGUGAAUUCCGUCAGUAUGUUCCGAUCAUGUAAUGAAUUUCAGAAACACUGCAGAAGCUCAAUCUUAACUCCAGAGGAUCCAUGGAAGACAAAAAAAAAAAAAAAGUGGGGAAAUGCUAAAGAAAUAGCAAAAUGUACAACUUCUUACAAAGAUUGUCAACAUUGGGUACUUCUAUAUAUUUUGUACGACUGUACCGUCGGUGUCUGUGUUUUGUACCUCUAGCCCCUGUUAUUCUGUAUAUUCCCUGUAAACAGAUAAUGUAUUUUAUUUUAAUCUAUUUGACAGAAGACAUCACUCCAAGAGAGCAAAGAUCUGGAGUGAGUCAUGAAGUUGAUGUGGUUAUGGACGAAACGCCAGUUCACAGAACUGAGAAGGGAGAAGAGGAGAAGAAAUCUUCAUAGUUUGGUGCUUAUCAUGUCCAGAGAGGAGAUGAGUAGAUUCGUUAGGAGAGACAGGUUAAUCGGGCACUAAAAUGGAACAGUUCCUAUAAACAUUAGCGGCUUCCUGAGAGCUUUCUCCGCAAAGCCAGGAAGUUGACCUCCUAGCUGCCGGAUCACCACGUCAGGCAAUGAGAAUGGGUUCUCUGAGCUCGUUGCGGGGGGAGUAAGGUCUGCUCCAUGACCUGGGAGAAGGGAGUGUCCUGGGAAGGCCAGUGGGACCACUUAACCUUGACCGGAUGCUCUAAACCGUAGUCCCGCUUCCCCCACUAACUCGUAAAUCUUUGUGCUUCGAAAAAUGGGGGUAGGAGAGCACCACGAUGGGCUCUUUCCUGGAAAAUAGGCACAGAUGCAUCCCAUUCGUGGCAUUGCAGGAAGGCUUAAGAAGCAUUUUGAGAUUCUCCUCUUGACCGGCUCCUGUGUACCUCCCCUGCCCCCGCUUCCUUCCCCAGGCUUGUGAUUAGGAGGAGAGAGGGCUUGUGAAGAGACUUGGCUGUGAAAGAACUUUUUUCCUAAUUUCUGUCCUCGAGUUAAUCACCUUUUCUUGCAGGGUCUGGUCACCCUGAUGUACUCAUCUAAAGUGAGCCAGCCGGGUUCAUCCUGCCAUCUUCCCGGAAGAGUCCUUGUGCGAACUGGAGUCACAGUAUUAAGACGUAGUCAAACAGCGACAGCAAUACUGGCCAGAGGAGGCAUCUUUUUGCGUGUUCUGCUCUGUGCAACUUCUCAGAAAUAUUUACACGGGGGCUGUGGUUCCCCAGCUGGGAAACCAGAGGAAGGUCUGCAGAUCGCAAAGCGAAAUAGAGAAUCAGAGAAAAGGCAAUUAAGUGGUAUAAAUAGAUGUUUUCGUAGAAGUUAGAGUAGAUUUUUAUUUCAGCUACUACUGGAGAAUAUAAUAAAAUUAUUUGAAAAGGUUCCCUAACAUUUAGGUUUCGUUUUUAGAGUGGACAUACUACUGUACAUUUAAAAGUAGUUACUUAUUUUGCUAUUCAAAUUAAUUUUUUAUUAUAUCUCAAAGUGAAAUUAUCCGUUUCACUUUUCCAAGCUUUGUAGAACAAACUUGAAGUUACAGGGAGGUAAGCCAUCUCCAAUUCUGCAGGUCAAACAAACGUUUGGGAAAUAUUUUAAACAUCUCAUAAUGCGGAGUGUCUUAACAUGAGUUUCACGUUGUCUGGUUCUGUUUAAUAGUAGAUGCCAUAAACCUCAUGUCUCUCUCUUAAAAACAGUGGAAGGUAACAAGUGGAAUUCGGUUGACUUCUAAACAGUGAUCUGCUGUCAUUUUAACAGGUUUCUUUUCCUUUUCAUCUUUGAGAUUCUCACCUCCUUUUACAAAAGAAUCAUGAGUCACUUCAGAUUACACCAUAAUGAGGAAUGUUCAUCGGUCUUAAAAUCGCAUUUGCUCCCUUCAGCAAGGGCUCACUAGGCGGUCAGGCUGAGUGUUUUGAGAUACGGAAAAUAAGGUCUGUGAGUGAUGGGAAGAUGGUAUGGAAACUGGGGAUUUCGUUCUAGUUUCUCAUUUGGGUUUCAAGUGUCUUUAGUCCAGGGUAAGGGACUGGGCAGCUGCCAUGGCCCCAAGUCGCUAUCAGUUAGUCUCCAGACAAGGUCAGGGAGGAGAGUGGGGAGGAGGGGUUUCAGGGCCGGCCUCCCAGCUGAGGAAGAGUAUGAGGCCUGGGCGGGGGAAGAGUGUUGUCGGGAGCCACGGCCACGGCCUGCCCGCCCCCCACCCCCACCCCAGCCCUUUGCACCAUUUACCAGUUGCAGGAAGGUUUCCGUCUGCCCAGGCAAGGACAAAGCAUAUUUGACUUGGAGGUGCUUCUGCUGGUUGCAGGGGUUCUUACUGUGAAAAGCCACGUGAGGGGGGCUGGGUGGGAGGAGGCGGGUGGUGAUUGUGCAGGAAGAUCUUGUACUAAAAAUACAUGAGCUUAGGGGCACAGGGUGGGAUGUGCAAGCAAAAUCUGCGGUUAUUUUAAAAUGAACAUAUGUAUUUUUAUUAACUUUGAGUUAAAUAUAGAUUAUUACAACCAGGUCAACAUGAUAAGCCUAAAUCUAUAUAGAGAGCUAACUCAGGCAUUGUCUUGUUCAUCUGUACACAGAAUGAAACAGACCUUUUCCUGUUUUGUCAGGUCCUAGUUUCUUUUAGUUUAAAAUAAAUUAGACCAAAAGGAGAAACUUGUUUGUCUUUGUAUACCUGCAGAAGUAAGUUAUUGCUGUUAAAACCUGGCCUUUUCGUUUCUCUGGGUCUUUGAAGAAUCCAGCUGCUUGUCUCUGUUCAGUAAGUGGUUUGUAAAUUGCAUCUGUUCAUUUAAAAAUCCUCAUUAACAUUUCUAGAAAGGCUUCUUUUAAUAAAUAAUGGAGUCUUCGAGAAAAAGAGAUAUUCUUAUUUUUUAAAGCUAGGAACCUCCUCCAUUGAAAAUAAUAACUUGAACAUUGAUCGAAGGCUAAAGUUUCAAUCACAAGCAAUGGCAGCAAAGUAAAAUUUAUAUGCAUAUAUAGUCCAUUUUAGGAGGCCGGUGGUGUCGGACAAAAAAAAAAAAAUGUUAGGGUAGUGAGGUCGGGGAAGGAAAUUGGGGGGAUUUGUAAUAAAUAUUCUCUAUGUUGUUUCUCUACUGGGUCAUGGUAAAACAAUAAAUUAUCAUCUCUAGGUGGCA